AUGACAACGCGCCGAUUUUCCGGAAGCCUGUCUACUUCGGAACAGUUCAAGAAAAUUCGAAAAGAGGACACUUUAUUUUGGCUGUUGCUGCGGAUGAUGCAGAUGCUAAUCGGACUAUUCAUUACUCCAUUGAUGCUGGCCCUUCUCAAGCGCACCGAGUUAAAGAGACACGCCCGCUGCCUGUUGCCUGCGCCGCCGCGGUCCACGAUUGUGACGGUCAUGUUGCAGGUGCUGGAUGAGAAUGACAACAACCCGGUGUUCCGGGGAGCCGUCACGAACGUCACCGUUUCCGAGGACAUUCAACCUGGAUCGCAAAUUAUGGUUCUUGAAGCCGUGGAUGCGGAUGAAGGAGAAAAUGGCCGGAUUACCUACUUGUUGGAUCGUCAAAGUGCUGAGGGAAAAUUUCGGAUCGAUCCAGUGUCCGGAGCGAUAACUGUUUCUGGAAGACUGGACAGGGAAGUGAAGAAUUUUUACACCUUGGUGGUUGAAGCGUGGGAUAAUUUCCAGCUUGGCUACUCAACUGGCGAGUCGCGAAACACCUUCAAGCAAAUCGGGGUUGAAGUGCUGGAUGUGAAUGAUGAACCCCCGAUUUUCGUGCAGCCAUCUCCGAAUAGCAGAAGUGGUGAUGGCACUAGUGAAGCAUGUUCUACCAUCACAGAGUUCCAUCCACCAGGAGAUACUGUUGGUCUAGUCAGCGUCCGGGAUGCUGAUGAUAUAAGCACUCCCAAUGGAUGGGUCACAUUUUCCAUCGAGGCCGGGGAUGAGGAGGGUUUCUUUCAUGUGGAGAAUACGGAUUUCCAGUCCGGAAGAGUGUUGACCACCAGGCCGCUUGUGGGCAGGUUUGGCAAUUACAAUUUGACAAUCCGAGCAACAGACCGCGGCUUUCCCCCGCUUUACACUUCGACCGUGAUGGAAAUCUGCGUGCUGGACUUUAAUGAUCACGAGCCAGUGUUUCUUUCACCGCCGAAUAACAGCACAUUCCGCAUUCCUGAGAAUGCUACUGUGGGAACAGUGGUUGCCAAGGUGACAGCGACAGACAACGACAUCGGACGGAAUGGACAGGUUCGUUUUGGUCUUCGCAGGGACCCAGUGAACCAUUGGAAAGCGUUUGCUAUUGAUCCCAUCUCGGGUUUCAUCACACUCACUCAACCUCUGGAUCGAGAGCGGCAAAAAUUUUACCAGCUCAGAGUCGAAGCUCGGGACAUGGGUUUACCAACAGCGCUUUCCUCAGACCUGGAUUUGUCUGUUUAUGUGAAGAACGUUGACGACAUGAAACCCAGAUUCACCCCAAAUAAACAGCGGAUGAAUUUUACCGAACACAUGCCACCGGGAAAAGAGCGACGCCUGGUGAUUGAAGCAGUAGAUGAAGACGACGAUGACUUUGAUUACGAUGAAACGGAGGAUCAAAGAAUAUUGUGCUACUUCAUCGUCGGCGGGAACCAAGGAGGGUUUUUCACCAUCGAUCCAACUUCCAGAACUGUGAUGGCGAUAAAAGAACUGGAUCGGGAAGAAAGAGACGUCCACACCCUGAUAAUCCGAGCCACGGAUUCCUGCUCAGUCCCGCCAGGAAACAUCAGCUUCUACGAUCAAACCGAUCCGUCCCUCUUGAACGUCACCGUUUUCGUCAACGACAUCAACGACAACGCGCCUCGGUUCAUCAAGCGUAUUUUCACCGGUGGUGUUUCCACUGACGCGGAUUUCGGCCUGGAGUUUCUCGAGCUGACUGCAGUGGAUCCGGAUUACGGACAGAAUGCGGAACUCACGUUUGCUAUCGUGCCGCCGAUCCGUGAGACACUCAGUGAGGGGUUGGAGAGUCUCCGGGGACCCCCUUUUCUGGUGGACGAGAAAAACGGGGUUUUGCAGCUGAAUUUCGACCCGCAGCCCGGAAUGAAGGGUUACUUUGAUUUCGAGGUGACUGUGAAUGACACUGGAGGUCUGUGGGAUAAGAGCAGAGUAUUCAUUUAUCUAUUGCGAGAGGACCAAAGAGUGCGGUUUUUGCUGCGUCUGACUCCCGGAGAACUCCGCGGUCGGUUGGAGGUUUUCCAAGAAGCGUUGAGCAAUGUGACGAGCUCGAUUGUCAACGUGGAUGAGAUCCGUGUUCACGAAGGAAGAGGCGGAUUAGUGGACAGAACCAAGACGGAUUUAUAUGUUCAUUUGGUGAAUAGAACGGAUCAUUCGAUUUUGCCAGUUGACCGGGUGUUGAAUUUGAUCGACAGCAACGUUGAACGAUUGGAUCAACUGUUCAAAGAUUACAACGUCAUAGAUUCAGCAGCCUCGAAACCUCAAGCAGUUUUGGAAGCUGGUCCAGGGGAACAGUUGCUGGUGGUCUAUCUAGGGGGCGCUACUGUCAUAUUGGCUGUUCUCUUAGCAUUGGUCAUCGGAUUAUGUCUUCAUCAGAGGACGCGAUUCAAGCGUCAGCUGAAGGCUGCGACUGCGACUGCUUUCGGUUCGAAUGAUUCAGGGCUGAAUCGACCGACUCCACAUCAGGUUGUCCCGAAUACUAACGUACAUUCAGUGGAGGGCAGCAACCCGGUGUGGAUGACUUCCUAUGACAACGACUGGUACAAGAGUCAUACUGAAGAGGAUACGAGUCAGAGGCAUGUCACGUAUCCUCAGGGUGGCGCAGGUGGAGGAGAGGAUUCCUUGGACGACAAUGCAGUCCUUGCUGUCAUGGAGGAAAUGUCGACCAUUUACAACCCUGAGCCGUAUCAUGAUGGGGCAUUUUCCAGUAAGGGAAGGUCAAGCAUGACAAGCAAAGGAACGUUCGGAACGAGCCAAGGAGGCUAUUCCAUCGCUGGGACGACGUCCAACAACUUGAACACGAGUCACACGUACAAACAGAAUAUUUAUGCCGCGUUUGAAAAGAUGCACAAUCCGUUGUUGGCUCACAAGUAUUCGGACGAGCCAACGACAGACUUGUAAUCCGCGCGUGGCAUUCAAUGUUCGGUAUUUUCGCAGAUUAACUGACGGGUUCUGAUGAGUGCUGCUGACCGAAACUAAUAUUAGUCAGUUUACCUCAUCUAAAUGUGCCUAACAGGAAGUCAGAACCAUUUUUAUGCUGAAUUUUGAAGAAGAAAAAAACACGUGAUCCAUGAGUUAAUCUGCGAAAGAACCUGGUUUGCUAGAUGAGAGGUUUAAUUUCGAUGCCAAAGUUUGCUCCCAAGAAAUUCGAUUUUAUUUUGUGCUGUGGGGGUAACCGAGUUUAGUUUUUGUCUUAUUUUCCAGUGAGGCAGGUAAAUUUUCCAACGAAGUCGUGAUUUUUAUCAGUUUUGCGUUUUGGUGCGAUUGGAGAAGGAUUCGUCGGUUCGCAAAAUGAGUGUAUUCCGUGAUGAUCGAUGAACGAAAAAUGUCCCUUUUUGAGUGUCUUAAUCUUAUUGAGUUGAACAAGCAUCGAAAAUCGGUCCAAAGGUGCAUGGUCCGUUGAACGACGCGGUGAUCAAAGCUACUCGCGAGUAUUUUCUCUUCUGUGCUCAAACAUAGUUUUCUUCGCCUUCCAAAAUGAGCGGGAACAAUUUGAUAUCAUUGCUUGUUGCGCGUUGCUGCCCACGCAAAAGGGUGCAAUAAUCAUUGUGCUGCUAUUACUGUAUUCAACCUUCUGAUGAUGAUCCACCAUUUGCAUUGGAUUUUAAGGAUAUUUGAAGCUUUUUUGGUCAAUGUUUUGUUUGUAUUGAUCUAGUGUGCUAUUGUGGGGAAAUGAGGAGUAAAAAACUUUUCUACCUGA